CUCUCCCAAACAGCAGAUGGCGUGUUUCUGUAAGAAACCGGCUUUUAUUCCACACUUAUCAACCAGAGAAAAAAAAAAAUAACACUGCUAAACGCUGUCGAGGGAACAAAGAAUUGGAUCUCAGGUGUCAAUGACCGGAAUAGCUUGAAAUCCACAAUCCCUCAGCCAAGAUGUCAAAAAGGCCAUCAUAUGCUCCCCCCCCCACCCCAGCACCCACUACACAAGUGCCCAACACCCCUGGGUUUGUGGGCUACAACCCAUACAGCCAUCUGGCCUACAACAACUACAGGCUGGGAGGGAAUGCCGGCGGCAACAACAGGAAUUCCUCAGGAAUCACCGUCCCCAAGCCCCCCAAGCCGCCAGACAAGCCACUGAUGCCUUACAUGCGGUACAGCCGGAAGGUAAGCAGGAAGGUCUGGGACCAAGUCAAAGCCUCCAAUCCAGACUUGAAGUUAUGGGAGAUUGGAAAGAUUAUUGGCGGCAUGUGGAGGGACCUCACUGAGGAGGAGAAGCAGGACUACCUGAACGAAUACGAAGCGGAGAAGAUUGAAUACAACGACUCCUUAAAGGCCUACCACAACUCGCCAGCUUACUUGGCCUACAUUAACGCCAAGAACCGCGCCGAGGCGGCGCUAGAGGAAGAGAGCAGACAGCGCCAGACUCGCAUUGAGAAGGGGGAGCCCUACAUGAGCAUCCAGCCUGCUGAAGACCCUGAAGACUACGACGACGGCUUCUCCAUGAAGCACACCGCGGCCGCCCGCUUCCAGAGGAACCACCGUCUCAUCAGUGACAUCCUCAGUGAGAUCGUGGUGCCCGACGUGCGCUCUGUCGUCACCACGGCGCGCAUGCAGGUCCUCAAGCGCCAGGUUCAGUCCCUCAUGGUGCACCAGAGGAAGCUGGAAGCAGAGCUGCUGCAAAUUGAGGACCGUCACCAAGACAAGAAGAGGAGAUUUCUGGAAACGACGGACUCUUUCAACAGUGAGCUCAAACGGCUAUGCAGUCAGAAGGUGGAGGUGGACAUGGAGAAGCUAGCUGCGGAGAUGGCUGCGGCGGAGGAGGCCGCUAGGAGGCGGGCGGAGGAGCGGGAGAAGGAGGCUGCAGAGCAGGCGGAGAAGGCGGCGCAGGAGCUGCAGGAGCAGCAACAAGAGGGAGCCGCCACGUCUUCUCCACUGGCCGACUCAGAGGACAACAGCACUCCGCCGGUCACAGAGACCAGGGAGGAGGGGGACAAGAGCAUCCCUAUGGAGACAGAGGACACGCCCGCCUCCGAGACAUCGGGGUCUCUGCCGGAGGCUGACGGAGGCACGCCAGCCCCUGCGGAGAAGCAGCAUUGCCCGCCCGUGGAGAGCGUCACGGAUGAAGGCACCAGUGACAGCACCGCCCCGUCCGAGGGCAGCACUGGACCUCCUGCGGACGCCCCCGUGUCAGCCGGACCCACCUCAGAGGAACGCCCACCUAGCCAGCCCUCCCAGGGAAACCUCUGAAGACGGAGACACCUCUCUGGGCAUAGACUCGGGCCAUGUUCUCUGGGCACAGUGCUGAAUAUUUGAAAUGAAUAGAAGUGAUUUCAUGAGUGAAGAUGUCCUUAGUUUUGUACGUUUUGUAUGUUGCUGUCUGCAACGUUGUGAGGUUCUCUGCCCAUUAAAUAUGGCCCGGCCUUAAUUUCUUCCACCGUCCCCACACAGUCUUGUGGGUGACAUUUAAAUUCAGAACAUCUGCUUAUGACUUCUGGAUUUAUGCCACAGUAAGAAGCCCCUCUUUAGCUGUUUGCUAUUGGGUUGAUUGAACAGGGAAGGGCCUUGUCCUAAUAUUCCAUACCCAAUUUUCUAAUUGUUUUUAAAAGCUAUUUUUGUUGCCUUUUUUUCUACAUUUUAGUAAUCUAAUAGGGUGUGGACUGUUAGUUGUUGAUUUAAAUUCAGAAUUCAUAUGAAAUGACCAGUCAAAGCCUACUGCUGUGUAUCACUACUAGAGAAACGGUAAUAAUAAUAAAUCUCAGACAAAACCUCACUCAUUCAAAUAACUAUUACUUGAAUUUGAAUGAUUUCAGUAUGCCUCUGCAGUUUGCAAAUGUUUGUUUUGUACUGUCAAGCCUCAGCCAAAUAAAAGUAAUUUCUGUCUUU